AUGAAGUUCUUUCAUCAUCAACAGAUUUUACGUUUUUCUUUUUUUGUUGAUAUCUUUGUUGGUAUUCUUUCAAUUUUUCUUUAUUAUUUUGGUAAUAAAUUCUCUUCCGUUUCUGUACAGUUUCUUUAUUUUUCUGAUAGUAAAUUUUUGAAAAUUGAUUCUUCUUUUCCUUAUUCUUUUUAUUGUAAUUUCGCAUAUGUUGAAGAAACCUUUCUUUAUUUUUUUGGUAAUAUUCUUUAUUAUAUUUACUUUUGUUUGAUUCAUUGACUC